UUCUCGUCAAUGCUUCUUCUUUACUCAGAAACAGCUCAUAGGAAUGGCAUGGUCAACUACUCUGCUUCACCUUCACUUCAAAUUCCCUCCGGUUUCUUUUCACCAAUUGCCACAUUCCCUCCCCAAAAAAUCCCUAAUCUUCCUAAACCCUAACCCUAUAAUUGCCAAUUCCAAACCGGCCAAAAUGCAAUUCCUUCACAGACCCAACGCGUUUCCAGGCCACGGCGCAGUAUCAAGAGCCAUGGACAUCAUCCAAUCCUCGCCGCCCACGUGGCUAUCGGCCUUCCUCAGCAACCUCGUGAUCUUCGUCGUCGGAACCCCACUUUUAGUAGCGGGGCUAUCUCUCUCCGGAAUUUGCGCUGCCUUCUUGCUUGGCACUCUCACUUGGCGCGCUUUUGGGUCUUCUGGGUUCCUCCUCGUUGCUUCUUACUUCGUUAUUGGCACAGCAGUUACAAAAGUCAAAAUGGCUCAAAAAGAAGCUCAAGGGGUUGCUGAGAAGAGGAAAGGAAGAAGGGGACCCGGGAGUGUAAUUGGGUCAAGUGCUGCUGGUUGUGUAUGUGCUUUUCUCACUAUAUAUGGAGUUGGCGGAGAGGCAUUUAUUCGGCUUUGGCGACUUGGUUUUGUCGCUAGUUUCUGUACUAAGUUGAGCGAUACGGUCUCAAGUGAGAUUGGGAAAGCAUAUGGCAAAACGACGUACCUAGUCACAAACUUUAAGAUUGUUCCUAGGGGAACGGAAGGGGCUGUCAGUGUUGAAGGAACCUUUGCUGGACUUUUAGCAUCGAUACUUCUUGCCUUUAUUGGUUGUCUCUUGGGUGAGAUAAAUGUACCUGAGGUGGUGAUAUGCGUAGUAGCUUCCCAGAUUGCUAAUCUUGGUGAGAGCAUAAUUGGUGCUGAAUUCCAAGGGAAGGAAGGAUUUCGAUGGCUGAACAAUGAUGCUGUUAAUGUCAUCAACAUAUCCAUAGGCAGCAUUUUGGCCGUCUUAAUCCAACAAAUACUCCAAAAUUGGUGUAUGUAAGUUCACCAGAUCCUCUCUCUGGAGCUCAGGUAAUCUAAUGCAGCAUUCAUCCAUACUGCUAUCAACAUCUGGCAAUGUGAAAAAAAAAUGAAAAAUAAAAGGAAAUCUUCAGUGCCAUACAGGAGAUGAGUACAAGGGGCAAUGAUAGCAAUGAUUUGGUUAUGUGCAGUUAAGCUUGCAACUAACCACAAAAGAUUGUCAAUGAUGUGGAGCAUCAUUCCCAAAAUCAAGUGUUCCACUCUAUAUUUGAAGCUUCAUAAUGCAUAUCUCUUAUAUACUUACGAUAUUCAACAAUGUAUUCUUUUACAUUAAUCUCCAACCAGAAAUCAAAUUAGAUGUUGUUAUACACAUACAGUGAUCUUAUUGCAUUUUCAAUUUCGAAGAUAACCUUUGGAAA